ACACCUUUGCGGCUUUCGGAUGUUGUGAUCCGGGAGAAUAUGUGAAGAUCAUGCGGGCGGUGUGGUGCUUCAUGGUCUUUGCUGCAGUGGGGGAGAGGCUCGCGGUCUCAGGUGUGGACAGCGUCCCGGAUGAAGGCAUCUGGGACUGGUUUGGGAGGGACACUGCCACCGAGGUCACCCACCCGAAGAGGCUGGUGCAGCAGAUUGAGUCGUCGGAGGAAAUGGCUCAUGACCACUUGGAUACCAGGGUGAAGAACAUCACCGGGAACGCGUUGGCUGUGCACUUGGCCCAGAGCAGUUUCCAGGUGGAAGCCUUUGGACACACCUUCACCCUGGACCUGGAGCUGAACCAUCACCUCUUGUCUUCAGAAUAUGUGGAACGGCACUUUAACCAGAAUGGCAGACCGGCGCAGUCUGUGGGAGGGGAGCACUGCUACUACCAGGGUCGGGUGAGAGGUCUGCCAGAGUCCUGGGCGGCUCUCUCCACCUGCCACGGCCUGUGCGGCAUGUUCUCUGAUGGCUUCUUCUCUUACGGGAUUGAGCCUGUUCACAAUGGGAGCAAACAGGAUGAUGGCGCUCACUUAAUCCGCAGAAUGCCUGACAUCAGACUUUCCCCCCACUGCCCAGACUGUCCAGAGGAUGAUGAGUGGGCUAGCAGAGGAGGUGAUGUCGAUGACGGCGUGAGGGAGCAGCAGGUGUCUGGUGGGCUAAAGCGAUCCAAGAGAUAUGUUCGCAGACCCACAGUGCAGACUGAGACCAAAUAUAUUGAGCUGAUGGUGGUCAACGACAAUGAAAUGUUUGUACAGCUGCGUCGCUCCAGCAGCCAAACCAAGAACUUUGCCAAAGCAGUGGUCAACAUGGCAGACGCGAUCUACAAGGAACAGUUGAACACGAGGAUCGUGCUGGUUGCUAUGGAGACCUGGACCUCUAAAAAUAUGAUGCCACUAGUAGAAGAUCCAUUGAUAACGCUGCAGAACUUCAUGAAAUACAGGAAGGACAACAUCAAAGAUCAGAGUGACCUCAUCCAACUUUUCUCAGGGCGCACAUUUCAAAGCAGCCGCAGUGGGACGGCCUACACAGGAGGGGUCUGCUCUCUAACGAGGGGGGGAGGCAUCAACGAGUAUGGGAACGUGGGAGCCAUGGCCAUCACUUUGUGCCAGAGUCUGGGCCAGAACAUCGGCAUGAGGUGGAACAACGCACGCAACUCUGCAGGAGACUGCAGGUGCCCAGAUGCCUGGUUGGGCUGCAUCAUGGAAGACACGGGAUACUAUCUGCCCAGAAAGUUUUCUCGCUGCAGCGUCGAUGAGUACACCCAGUUCUUGCUCCAGGGGGGCGGGAGCUGCCUCUUCAACAAGCCAAACAAGCUGCUGGACCCUCCGGAGUGUGGGAAUGGCUUUGUGGAGCCAGGGGAAGAAUGUGAUUGUGGGUCCCAGGUGGAGUGCGCUCGCAGCGGAGGAGCCUGUUGUAAAAAGUGCACACUUACCCACGAUGCCAUGUGCAGUAACGGACUUUGCUGCAGUAGCUGCAAGUACGAGCGGCGAGGCGCCGUAUGUCGCCAGGCUGUGAACGACUGUGACAUCCCAGAGAACUGCACCGGAGACUCCAGCCAGUGUCCUCAUAAUGUGCACAAGCUAGACGGCUACAUGUGCGACACUAAUCAGGGUCGCUGUUACGGCGGGCGAUGCAGGACUCGUGAUGGGCAGUGUAAGGGCCUCUGGGGUUACAAUUCAGCGGACAGGUUUUGUUAUGAGAAGCUGAACGCUGAGGGGACGGAGAAAGGGAACUGCGGCCCGCGUCCUGAAGGCCGAGGAUGGCUGCAGUGCAACAAGCCGGAUGUUUUAUGUGGCUUCCUGUUCUGUGCCAAUGUGACGACAAAACCAAAGUUUGGAGACCUGCAGGGUGAGGUGACCAGCUUCACCCUCUUCCACCAAAACAAAUACCUGGACUGCAGAGGAGGCCACGCCCUGCUGGAGGACGGCUCAGACCUGGGCUAUGUGGAGGAGGGCACUCCCUGUGGUCCCAACAUGAUGUGUUUGGAGCGACGCUGCCUCCCCGUGGCCGCGUUCAAUCUCAGCACGUGUUCAGGAUCCAACUACGGGCGCAUCUGUUCCGACCACGGGACCUGCAGUAACGAGGUGAAGUGCAUCUGUGACAGGGACUACACGGGGAAGGACUGCAGUGUGUAUGAUCCCAUCCCCGAGCCGACAGUCCCGACCGGCCCGGAGAAGAAAGGUCCCAGUGGCACCAAUAUCAUAAUAGGGUCCAUCGCAGGUGCUAUUCUCCUGGCAGCUAUAGUCCUAGGGGGAACAGGAUGGGGAUUUAAGAACAUUCGGAGAGGAAGAUCUGGUGGGGGAUGAGAUGUCUGUAUGUCAUUCUGUCCGUCUGUCCUGUCUUCUCCUGCACUCCUCCACCAUUCUUCACAUCAAGGAAGAGGGGAACACAAAGUCUUCCACUCCUGUCUCCAAACCUCUUCCGAUUAUUGUUUCCCCCUCCGUCCCCGUCUGCUCCUAUCGUCCUCCUG